AUGAAAGAUUUUAUAGAUAAAAACACAAAACAUAUUUAUGAAAAGCAUAUAGAAAAUAAAAGUAAAAAUGAUAAUAAUAUAAUUGAUAAUAAUAAAGAAAGUUUUCAUACAAAUGUGAAUUCAAAUAACCAUAUAUAUAAAAUGAAAAAUUGGUUAAAUAAAAAAGAAAAAGAUAAUAGUAAGAAAAGUUUGUUGAAUAUGGAUAAAACAUAUAAAGAAGAAGAUGAUAGAAAUGUAUAUUAUAAUAAUGAUAAUAUGUCUGUAGAUAAUAAUAAUAAUAAUUAUAAUAAGGUACCUAAUGAUGAUUAUAUAAAUAAUGAUAAGAAUAAAAUAAUAUUUCAUCAUUUUCGUAAUACAGAAAGGAAAACAUAUUAUAAUGGUAUGGUCAAAGGUAGAGAAAUGUUAUAUAAAAAUAUAAAAAUGAAUGAAAAUAAAACUAAUCCAAUACCUAAUAUUAAUUUAACUAAUUAUUUAUUAGUACCUGAUGAAAUUAGACAUAAAUAUACAAAAACAUAUUUAUUUCAAAUAUCGAAAAGAUUAUUAGUUAUGAAAAAACCAUGGAGAUUACCAAAAAAUGUAGAAUUACAAAUAAAUAAUGUAUAUCAUUUAUCAAAUUAUAUAAAAGUUUUAGAAAGAAUAGCUAGUGAAUAUUUAAAUGAUCCACCUAUUAAUUAUUAUUAUAGAGGUUUAGAAUUAUAUAAUAAAAAUGUUUUUGCAAAUAUAGAUUAUUUAUUAAAAAAAGUAGAUAUAAAAGAAGAUACUAAAACUGUUCAUUUAAAAAAUCUUAUUAAAAUAAAUGAAUAUUAUUAUGAUCUAAGUACAUUUGGAAAAUCACCUAAUACUAUAUUUUAUCAAUCAUAUGUUAUUUUAGAUAUACAUUCUAAUACAUUAACUUUAGAAGAUGAAUAUGAAAACCUUUUUGAUUCACAAAUAUUAAAUUAUGGAUAUGGAGAAAAAGAAUAUCCUAAUUUAAAAUAUUUAUUAAGUAUAUGUAGUUCUAUUUUAUUUUGGUUAAAUUUUAAUAAAAAAGAUAAUUUUGCAAUUAUUAAUUAUCAUAAAAUUAGUUCUUUUAUUCUAUUAAUUUUUUCAUGUGCUAUGCUAGCCAUUGAUAAUUCUUUAACAUUUGAUCAAAUACAAGAAAUUCUCUAUAAGUCCUCAAAAAUUAAUAGUAAUGAUAAUGAAGAUGAUAAUACUAAUAGUGAUACAUCUUCGAAUUAUUUUUCAAAUCAAAUUCAUAAUAAUAAUAUUUCCGAACAACACAAAAAUAAUGUACAUGACAAAAAGGGGAGUACUUAUAGGAUGGAUAAUCACACCGACCAAAAUGAUAAUAAUAAUAAUAAUAAUAAUAAUAGUAAUAAUAAUAAUUAUAAUAGUAAUAUUUGUCAAGAUGAAAAAAAACAUGAUGAUAUUGUUCUUAAUAAUAAUUUAUUAAUUCCUAAAUCGAUAUCUAAUGAGAAAAGGGAAUGCCUUGAAGUAAAUCCAAAUUUAUAUCUACCCACCUAUAAUUAUUUUGAAGAAACUAAACUAAACAAACCCAUAAAUAAAGAUGAAAAAUGUAGUGAAUCUACUACGGAAUACAAAAAAAAUUAUGCUCAUAAUUAUAAUGAAAAUAUUCCUCAUACAAUAAAUGUAAAUAAAAAAAAUGUACUAUAUGAAAACGAAUUUGAUGAUAUCAAAAAUAAAAAAAGUAAAGAUGAUAAAGUUUCAAGUACAUCGUGUGGUAUGGAUUCAUUAAAUAAAGACACUAAUAAAACAAAUAAUAAAUUUAAAGAUCAUCAUUUCUGGAUCCCCUUUGAUUAUUGGAAGGCAUCGCAUAAAAGAUAUUUUCAUUAUAUGUAUGAUUUAAUAAAGAAUAAAAAUAAAAGAGUUGAAAAUAAUCCUUUCAAAAUAAAAAGUAUUAUAUUUACAGAUUAUGCCCCUUGUUCGGUUUCUAUUGAGAUUUAUGAAAUUAUUUAUAAGGAUAAUUCGGAAUUGAAUUCGGAUCUGCUUUAUGAAAGCGAAGAAAAUGAUGAAAGUGAAGAAAAUGAUGAAAGCGAAGAAUAUUAUGAUAGUGAAGAAAAUUAUGAAAGCGAAGAAAAUUAUGAAAGCGAAGAAAAUUAUGAAAGUGAAGAAAAUUAUAAAAGUGAAGAAAAUUAUAAAAGUGAAGAAAAUCACAAAUGUGAUGAUAAAUAUAAAUAUAUAAAUACAAAUACGAAUAAUUUAAAAGGUUCCGAUAAGGUUCAUCCAAGUAAUAAAACUUUAAAACAUUAUUCUUUUGAAAAAGAUGGGACAGGAUUGAAAUAUGAGGAAAAAGGCUUAUGGAUUUAUUCUGAUAGGGAAAAAAAAUUAGUUCCUGCUGAGAGAAUAGCAAAAGAUGAAUUCAAAAAAUGUUCAAACGAUGAAAACGUUGAUAAUACUAACAAUAGUGAUUAUAAUAGUGAUGAUGAGGAUGAUGAAAAACAUUUAUGUGAGUGUUCAAUAAAUAAACAUCACGGAAGAAAAAAGAAGAAUAAAAAAAAAAAAAAUAUAAAACUAAGCGUAGAGCAUUUUAAUCAAACUGUUUAUCCAAAUGAAAAUAUUAAAAAUAUUAAAAAUAUUAGAAAUAAUAAAAAUAUUAAAAAUAAUAAUAAUUAUAUAAAUAUAAUAAAUAAUAAGAUAUAUAGAAAAAAUUUUAGUUGUAAUGUAUCAAGUCUUGAAACCAAACAAGCAAACCUUUUACAUAUAAAUAAUACACCUAAAAUAGAUUUUGAUAUAUCCCAUUUAAAUCAAAAAGAGAACAAAAAAAAAAAAAAAAAAAAAAAAAAAAUAUUAAAUGAUAAAAAUAGUGUAGAAGGUAUAAAUUAUAAAAAGGAUAUACCUUUUAAUAAUAAAUCUUUAAUAUGUUUAUCUGAUAAUAAAAUUAAUAGUUCAAUUAAUACACUUAAUGUAUUUAAUGAAGAGGAUUCAUUAACAUCUAUAAAUCAACAUUCUGAAAUACAUUCUAGAGUACAAUCAGAAUUUGAUAAAGUUGAAAAAAGUGUAACUCAUUUAUGGAGUAACUCUAAUUUCCCAUUAGAAAAUAAAAUAAAAAAGGUAAGUUCUGUUUUUUCUCCUAGAACUAUUAAUUCAAAUUCAUCUUGUAAAUCUAUUUCUUUUGUUGAUAAAUUGACAAGUUCUAAAAGAGAUGAUGUUAGUUCUGGUAGGAGUAUACAGACAAGUGAAAGUAAACAAUCCUUUUCUGAUAACCAUAAAAAUAUCAUAUAUGAUAAUUUUGAUGAGAAACAAAAUAGUUCACUUUUUUAUAAUAAAUCACAAAUAUUUCAUAAGGAUGAAAAUAAUAUGAAAAAUGACUUUAGUGAGUAUUUACAAAAAAUGGAAUCAAAAAGAAAAACAACACAGCAAAUACAUCAUCAACAAGAUAUAAAACAAAAUGUAGAUGAAUAUUAUCAUUUGAAGAAAGACAAAAAAAAAAAUAAUAAAUACAAAUUAUAUGGAUUAUUAAAAAAUAAUUACAUAAAGGGUAAGGAAAAAGAUACAAAUGAUAAUGAAGUUGAAGAUAUGUCCAAUAUAAAGCAUGAUAAUUAUUUAGAUGAAAAUAUGAAAAAGAAAAAAAAAAAAAUAAAAUCAGAAGAAAAAGGUAAAACAAAUUCAUCCAAAUGUGGAUAUGAAUAUUUUUUAAAAUGUAAUCCUAUUAAUUAUAAUGUAGUGUCAUCUUAUGAAAAAAAUAAAAAAAAAUAUAUCACUAUUGAUUUUACUCAUGAUGCAGAAGGUAAUGUAAAAGAACAUAUAAUAUGUGGUGAUAUAUUAAUAUUAAUAGGACAUAAAAAUAUAGAGAAAUUUCAUAAAGGAUUUUCAAGUUCAUAUUCAUUUCAUACUGGUUUUUUAAAAAAAGGAUCAUCAGAAAUUCUUCAUCUAAAAAAAGAAGAUAUGGAUAUAAAUAUUAAUUAUGAUAAUUAUAUUCCUGAUAAUAUGAAAAUAUCAAUUAUUCUAGAUGCAGCUACGAAAGAAGAUUGUUUAAGGUCAUAUAAAAAAACUUUAAGAAGUAAUAACAAAAUGGAAGAAUUAGAAGCUUUGAAAAACCUCGAAAAGAGAAAAUCAUUUGUUUUAAAUGAUUCUGAAAGUGUAAUAAAUAUGUUACGUGAUUUUCCUAGUGAAUUUUCUCCAUCAGAAAAAACGUAUGAUUAUUUUGAGAAAAUUAAUUCGAUAGAAAAAAUGAUAAAAUGUGGAAGGAAGUCGGAUGUUACAAAUGAAAAUUAUGGAUCUACCGAAAAUAAUGAAAGUUUAAAUGAGUUAGUAAAAAAUGAAAAGAAUAAAAAUGAAAUAGAUGAUAAAAAGGAUAAACAUAAAAUGGAUGAUAAAAAGGAUAAACAUAAAAUGGAUGAUGAAAGGGAUAAACAUAAAAUAGAUGAUGAAAAAGAUAAACAUAAAAUAGAUGAUGAAAAAGAUAAACAUAAUAUAGAUAAUCCAUAUGAUAAACAUCAAAUAGAUGAUGUAAAAAACAAUAUUGUUGAACAAAAUAACCAAAUAGCUAACAAAACAAAUAUCUAUGAAUCCAUUGUUGAAAAACAUUAUUAUAACCAUUCAGAUAUUGAAACAAAUAAAGGACAAAAGAUUGAUAUACAAUAUAAUAUUGAGAAAAAUCAUUUUGAUAGUAUUCAAAAUGAUCCACUUGAAGAAAAAGAAAAAUUAAAGAAUACAUAUAAAAAACAUCAUUCUUUUAGUAAAGUUAAAGAAUUAUAUGAACAAGAAAGUUUAGAUAUAUAUAAUAAAAAGAAUUUAGAUUUUAAUUCGAGAUCUCAUUAUAAUGCUUAUUCUGUUUUUAAUGAAAAGGAACCUACCCUAAAAUAUAAUGCAACUAAUAUAACACAAUUGUUAACCUCUCUAUUUGGUUUUAGAAAUAGAGAUGAUAAAUAUUCAUUAAAUAAAAAACAAAGCAUGUGUUCAUUAUUAACUUCUAAGAAAUCAUAUUCCAACAUUAUUUCUCUUAAAGAUUAUUUGCAAAGACAAUAUGAAAUAAUCAUUAAACCUGGUGAGAAUAUAACAUCAUUUGUUAAAAGUCAUGUCAUAAAAAUAAAUGUACCUUUAUUAAAUUUUUUGAAAAAAAUAACGAAUCUUUCGAAUAUUAAAAUUCAAUUAUCUUUGAAAUUAUGUAAUAAUGACCUUAAUAAAUCAUUAAAUUUUAUUGUUUGUAUGUGGGGAAUUAAUAUAUUAAAAAAAAAAAGCUCUACGAAAUACUCCUCUAGUUGGAAUCAAAUACCAGAAUAUCGUAGAGAGUUUAAAAGAAUUUUAGGAUAUCAUAAUUUUAGUAGUAAAUCAUCUCUUGACACAUCUAAAUGUGUAAAUAAAGUAGAUAGUGUAAGUGAAAUGGAUAGUGCUAAUUAUACUAAUAUUUCCUAUUAUAAAAUGUUAAAGGAUGUUAAAAGUUUGUAUGAUGAAGGUUCCAAAAAAAGAGUACACACUGAUGAAUGUAUAUAUAGAAUUGAAGAAGAUGAAAAAAACAAACAAGAAAUUAAUAAUAAUUAUAUUUUAUCUCUUUUAAGAAAAAAAGAGAAAAACGAGAUAGAGAAACAUAUAAUAGAUAAAAAAGAUAAAAUAAAAGAUGAAAAAGAAACGGAUUAUAGUCCUAAGGAUACAUCAUCUGAUGUUACUACAAGUACAGAUAUGAUGAAAUUUACACAAGUGUAUAUAAACAAAAAGGAAAACAAAGAAAAGGGAGAUAAUCAUGUACAUAAUAAAACAACAAAAUCUGAUAUUGUUACGAACAAAAAGGAGAAGCACGAAGUAAAUAAUAUAGAAGAGAUACAAAAGAAUGAUACAGAUAUAUUGAUAAAUAAUGAUGUGAAUAAAAAUAAGAAUGAUAUGUUGAAAGAUGAUGAUAAUUAUAUUAUUAGUAAUAAUAAUAAUAAUAUUAAUAUUUCUUUAAAAAAAACAAUUGGAGAAAGUAGCUUUUUUUAUGCUAAAUUACCAAGUGGGGAACUUAUCAAAUUAAAAGUAAACGAUUCGGUAGAAUUAAGUACUCAUGAUAGCAUGCCAUUAUUGUUAGUUGAACCCAUAGAUGAUAUAACUGAUGAAAAGAAAAAAUCCUUAACCGAAUGGAACAUUCUUUCAAAAAUGAACUCUCAAACAUUUAGUAAAGAAAAUACAAUGAAUGAUAAUAAUAAUUUACAUAAAGAUUCUAUUAUUAACGAUUUAGAAAUAAUGUACAAUAAGUUGAAUAAGAAGGGUAGUAUUGAAUCCACAUUUAGUAUGGAAAGUGAAGGAACUGUAACUUCAAGAUUGUCACCUUCUCUUCCUGGUGAAUCAUUAACGUCUUUAGUUAAUAUGAAGGACAAAUAUGUAAAAGAUGAAGAGGAUAAAAAGGAAGCAGUAGUUGAAAACAAAAAGGAAAUAAAAAUUGAAGAGGAGAAAAAAGAAAUAAAAAUUGAAGAGGAGAAAAAAGAAAUAAAAAUUGAAGAGGAGAAAAAAGAAAUAAAAAUUGAAGAGGAAAAAAAAGAGCUAAACGUUGAAGAGGCAAAAAAAGAAAUAAAAAUUGAAGAGGACAAAAAAGAGGUAAAAGUUGUAGAGAACAAAAAAGAGGUAAAAGUUGUCGAGGACAAAAAAGAGGUAAAAGGUGAAGAAAAAAUGGAUGAAAAACAAAAUAAUAUUACAAGUGAGGAAAACAAAGCUGCAAACGAUAAACAAAUUAAAGCGAAAGCUAUUGAAGCUUUACUUAAACAAUCCAAAGCAAAAAGACCACCCCCUCCAUUACCUGCGGCACUAUUAAAAUCAGUGAAUGUAGCAAAGGAAAAACCUGAAAUGAAAGAAGAGGAAAAUGGGAAGACAGAGAAUAAUACGAAAUUAGCCUUUACAAAAAAAGGAGGGAAAAAAAUCCCAGCUCCACCACCAUUUUUACUAAAAAAAAUGGGAGAUAAAUCCAAAUGUGUUUUAAAAAAAUGUCCAGAAGCUUUUGGUUUAAAAAAAGCAGCUAAAGUUCCAGAAAAACGUCCCCUAGGAAUAAAAUUACAUUGGCAAUUAUUACCUACUCAUAAAAUUGAAGGUACAGUUUUUAAUGAAAUAAAAAGUCAAGAAGUAAAGUACAAUUUGAUUGAUACCAAAGCAGUACAUAAAUUAUUUGCAAGGGUAAAAGGAGAAAAGAAAAUUAUAAAAAAAAGUAUAGAUGAUAAACAGAAAAAACCAGAAGAAAAAUUAGUUACAGUAUUAGAUAGGACUAGGGCACAAAAUAUAGGUAUAUUAUUAAGAUUUCCAAUGAGUACUCAAGAAAUUGUUGAUAAAAUUAAUUCUUUUGAUCUGACAGAUUUGAAUGUAGAAUUUUUACAAAAAGUAUUACAUAUUAUUCCAUCAAAAGAAGAAUGUGAUGGUAUAUUACAAAAAUUAGAAAAUGAAAAAAUAAAAGCAGAACAAUUUAGAGAUGUGGAAAGGAAAUUAAUACCAUUUGUAUAUUUAGAUAAAUGUCAAAGUAAAAUACAAAUAUGUUUAUUUUCUUUAAAAUAUGAUAAAAUGAUUAAUGAAAUAAAUAAAGAUUUAGAUAUAUAUGAUAAAGCUGUAAAAGAAGUUAGAUCUAGUAUACGAUUAAGAUCCUUAUUAAAAGCUGUUUUAAAAUGGGGAAAUUAUGUAAAUUAUGGUAUUAAUGAUAAUGAAGAUUUAGUUGCAUUAGGAUUUACUUUAUCAUCUGUUUUAAAAUUAAGUGAAUUUAAAUCUUCUAUUGAUAGUAAAAUAACAUCUUUACAUUAUAUUACUGUAACAUUAUGUAUGUAUCUUCCAAAUUUAAAUAUGAACCUAUUAGAAAAUGAUUUGUUAUCUGUUUUGACCGCAUCCAAAAUGUCUUCUGAAUCUAUAGAUAUUAUUUUCUCCUCCUUAGAAAAAGAAAUUACUUAUAUUAAAGGACAGUUAAAAACCAACUAUGAAGAAAAAUUUAAAGAAAAAAUGAUAUCUCUAUUAGAAGAUAGUGAACAAAAAUAUAAUACAGCACAAAAACAAUAUGAACAAACUAAAAAAGAUGUUAAUGAAUUAGGUAUAUACUUAGGUGAAGAUAUGCCAAAGAAUGGUAAUUUAGAAAAUAUUUUUAUGAUCUUAUCAUCAAUUGUAGAUAGCUUUACAAAAUGUUAUAAAGAUAUUUUAGCUAACCCUAAAAAGUUUUCAAUCAUGUUAAAUGACGAAAACUUGUUAGAUGAUUAUUAUAAUGUUUUCUGUAAAGGUAAAAAACGACCUAUCAUCAAAAUGAAUAGUAUAUCUACAAAAUCGGAUACUAAAGAAGACGAUAUGAUCAAAAAUAAAAGUAUCCCAGAUAUUAAAAUAAAAAUUAAUAAAUCAAAAAGUGUCAGUCUAAAAAAAAAUGAUCAUGGAAAAAGUACCAUGUUUCAACUAAGAAAUCAAUUAAUGCAAGAUAUACAAAAUAGAUCCAUUCUAAAAAAGACAUUUGUAUUUUCUAAUACAUCAGGAAAUGGAUCUUCUUCUAUUCAACCUACUCAGCAAAAUGGAAAGGAUAAUAGUAUAGAAAAAAAUGAAGCUGAACAAAAUAUUAAAAAGGAGGAAGAAUUAAAAAGUAAUAAUGAUAACCAAAUAAAGGAAGUCCAAACGUUAAAUGAGGAAAGUAAAAAUGUAAAUGAAAAAAAAAUAAUGAAUGAUGUCAUAACUGUGGAAAAUAAUUCUGAUGAGAAGCAAAAUAAAGAUAACAAAGUGGAACAUAUAAAUAAUACAUAA